AUGGCACCAUCAGCUACAGACACAUCCUUCUCGGCUCACGUAGCCUCCCAAUUCCAAUCCUACGAAGAAGAUCGCCAAGCGACAUCUAAAGAAUCUCUCUACACCACAAGCAAUGGCGUUCCCAUGCCUCAUCCCUACGAGACCCAGCGAUGCGGCGAGAACGGACCUCUUCUUCUCCAAGACUUUCAUUUAAUUGAUCUCCUCUCUCAUUUCGAUCGCGAGCGUAUUCCUGAGCGUGUUGUUCAUGCAAAGGGUAGUGGCGCUCAUGGCUUCUUUGAGUGUACUGAUCCUAUGGAUGAUCUGUGUCUUGCGGAUAUCUUUGGAACGAAGGGAAAGAAAUGUCCUGUUUCUAUGAGGUUUUCUACUGUUGGAGGUGAAUCUGGAUCACAUGAUAUGGCUAGAGAUCCUCGUGGGUUCUCUGUGAAGAUGCGCACUGAGGAGGGUAACUUAGAUUGGGUCUUCAAUAACACCCCUGUAUUCUUUUUGAGAGAUCCUGCGAAGUUCCCUCACUUCAUUCACACUCAAAAGCGCGAUCCUAGCACUCAUUUGACUCAUGCUGAUGACUCAUUUGCUUUCUGGGAUUACCUUUCUCAAAACCCGGAGUCAAUUCAUCAAGUAAUGAUUCUGAUGGGCGACCGCGGAAUUCCCAAGGGUUAUCGCUUCAUGCAUGGAUACAGCGGACAUACCUUUAAGCUCGUUAACAAGAACGGCGAUUGGGUAUACACGCAGAUUCACAUGAAGUCCAUGCAAGGAACCGAUUUCGUUACCCAGGAGGAAUCAGCAGACUACUCACCUGAUUUCUCCCAGAAGGAUCUUUACGAGGCCAUUCAGAAUGGAGACUACCCCAAGUGGACUUUUGAAGUUCAGACCAUGACACCCAAGGAGGCUGAAGAGCUCUGGGAGAAGCAGAAGAUUAACAUCUUCGACUUGACCCAUGUCUGGCCUCAGAAGCAGUUCCCUCGUCGCAAGGUUGGUGAGUUUACUCUUAACGAGAAUGCUGUCAACUACUUUGCCGAGGUUGAGCAGAUCGCUUUCAACCCUGCUCACUUGGUUCCUGGUAUCGAGCCUUCCGCAGACCCCGUUCUCCAGUCGAGAUUGUUCUCAUACCCUGAUACCCAUCGCCACCGCAUUGGAGCGAAUUACCAGCAACUUCCUGUCAACGCGACCAGAACUGGAUACAAGUUUGGUAACUUCCAGCGUGAUGGCCAGAUGGCUUUCUACAACCAGGGUGCUCGACCAAACUACCUCUCAUCCAUUGAUCCCAUCCAGUUCCGUAACCGAACAGUGGACUUGGACAAGACACACGGCCACUUCACCGGCGAAGCAAUCACAUUCCUCACCGCAAUCCGCCCAGAGGACUUCAACGCUCCCCGCGCCCUGUGGCAAAACGUCUUCGACGACGCCGCCCGCGAGCGCUUCAUCAACAAUGUCACAGGCAAGAUGAAGCUCUGCAAGCAAGAGGAGCCACUCAAGCGACAAAUCGCCAUCUUCCGCGAAGUCGAUCCCGAGAUUGCUGAACGACUCGAGAAGUCAGUCGGUAUUAAGGGAUACGAUGGAAUCAAGGAUAUGAAGUUUAAUGGAUGUCAUAAUGCUAUGAAUGGAGAGAUGAAGCUUGCGAAUGAUAUCAUUGCGAAUAAGGGCAAGAGUGCUACUGCUAGGAAUGGAGCGCCUGCGAAGGGUUGUCAUUCGAGAUUGGAGACGAAUGGAAGUAAUGGAACGAACGGUUCGAAUGGACAUUAA